AUGCUUCUCUUCCCUUUCAACUCGGUUCCGCCAGGAAUCCGAAACUCGAUUUACGAAUGCUUGGGGAUACCGGAUUCGCUGAAGCUGCUGAAAGUGGAUCAACAAACGAGGGCACAGAUUCUGCACCGCGGAGCGAUUCCAAAGAAAAUCACCCAAAUGCAAUUGCAACUCUUCGACGAUCCGGGCUCUUUCACCACCGAUCAAGAUCUCCAAGAUCCGAGAAAGAUGACUUUCAAAUUGAAGUUGAAUGUAAAACUGAACAGGACACUCUUUCAGGGCUUUCUCCCAGUUUUCCGGAUGAGAGCCGAGGAGUUUGAGGUCGCUGAAAGGUUCAAGAGUAGAAUCUUAAAAUUCGGUUUGACAGAAAUCAGCAAAGAUUCGAAUGAAGCUGAAAAAUUAUCAGAUUUCUUCACGAAAAUCCCAAAAAAUUACAAUGGGAUACCACUGAAAAACAUGAGUAUUUUGACUGGAAACACAGAGAAUUGGCAAUUCGAGGUCAGCGAUCAAAAGCGAUGGUUUAUGAGGAGAACGACGAGGAGAAAAGAGGCCGUCUACAUGGUUUCUCUUAACGAAGCUCACACAACAAGAGUUGAUCGGAAUUCAACUUUUAAUGAUGAGCUU